CCUUCAACCAAGCGCUGGUGCCUUGUUGGCCCCCAGGCCCUUGGGGUACCUGCCACUGUUUGUCGAAAUGAUAAAAGCUAGGUUAGCCGGAGCCGGAUCCUUCCCUGGACCCACUUGGUCGUGCACGCUGAUUAGCACUCGGAAAUUCUUGUCCUCAGUUUUUCGGGCAGAAAACGAUCAUGUCGUGUGCUUCCGUGUCUUCAGUGACCAAAGAACAACCAUCGCCUGCAGCUAAUCCAGACCCACGCUCUAUAUUCAGCGCCGCGCAACAAAAAGUGACUACGAAGCACGGCUGGCUUGGUGACUAUGAUUAUCGAUGGCUCUGUCUACCCUCUCUUCCUACAGCUAGACGCAAACAGCCACCGUUUUAUGGUAUUGAAGAUGAACUCCCACUCGUUCUGGCUAUGGCGAGUGGGUUACAGCACGCACUCGCGAUGCUUGCAGGUCUCAUCACACCACCCAUCAUCCUUGCUAGUACCUUGAUGCUGGAUGCUAGUACGUCGUCCUACAUGAUAUCAGCUUCACUCAUCGGAUGUGGCAUUCUUAGUCUAGUUCAAAUGUCACACGUAAAGUUGUGGAGGGGUUAUUACCUCGGUACUGGGCUGUUGUCCGUUGUCGGGACCAGUUUUGCUACACUCAGUACGGCAAAUGCUAUUUUCAACGCGAUGUAUGCCAACGGCACAUGCCCUUCGACAACCGCUGCGGAUGGCACUGUGACACGAGGUCCGUGCCCAGAUGCUUAUGGGAUGGUACUUGGCACAUCCCUUAUCUGUUCAUUUCUGGAGAUUGGAUUGUCAUUUGUCCGUCCGCGAAUUUUGCAACGGAUCUUUCCUCCCAUGGUCACUGGCACCGUUAUCCUGAUGAUCGGUUCAUCCCUCAUCGGGGCUUCUGGGAUCUCUAACUGGGGUGGUGGUUCGAAUGGGUGUCAAACGCGCCCAACUAGCGGGAUCUAUCAGUUAUGCCCGACAGUUGGGGCUCCCCAUGCUUUACCAUGGGGCUCUCCAGAGUUCAUCGGUCUCGGGUUCCUUUCUUUCGUGAGCAUAAUCCUCACGGAACUAUUCGGCUCUCCAUUCCUCAAGAAUGCGAGUAUCAUCGUUGGGCUUGCUGUGGGAUGCAUCGUCGCUGGUGCGGCAGGAUACAUCGACGGAAGUACCAUCACGACCGCACCUGCAAUCACAUUUUUAUGGGUACAUCGAUUCAAGAUCAAUGUGUACGGACCGGCCAUCUUGCCUAUGCUGGCAGUAUACGUUUCGCUGGCAAUGGAAGCCAUUGGUGACAUCACUGCAUCUGCGGAAGUGUCUCGCAUCCGUGUCGAUGGAGAGGACUUCGAUUCAAGAAUACAAGGCGGUAUUUUGAGCGAUGGGAUAGGUGGAUUCGUUUCCGCCUUGUUUACUGUCGCUCCGCUGUCGAUAUUUGCUCAGAAUAACGGUGUCAUUUCCGUCACUCGCUGUGCAAACCGCGCAGCAGGAAGAUGGUGUUGUGUCUUCCUCAUCAUAUUUGGUACAGUCGGAAAGAUUUCAGGGUUCUUCCUCGCAAUACCCAAUCCUGUCUUGGGUGGUGUGACAACCUUCCUCUUUGCGAGCGUUGUCGUCUCAGGUCUCCGUGUUCUUUCCUUCGUCAAGUACACGCGGCGCGAUAGAUUCAUCCUCGCUGCAGCACUGUCGUUUGGCUUCGGGGACCUUCUUAUGCCCGGUAUAUUCACUCACCUAUUCGAUGGAGUGAAGAACCCAAAUAAAGGCCUCGAAGGGUUGUUUGAGAGCAUCACGAUCGUGUUGAGCACACCCUUUUUAAUGUCUGGCCUUGUUGCCCUGGUGCUGAACUUGUUGCUCCCGGAGGAGGGAUCUCAGGAGGAAGAUGAGGAGGGCGUUGAGGUUGUGUAGGAUUUGGAGGUUCAAAUGAGAGAUCAGGAACGGAAGCCGUGAUUUGUACAACGCACGCUGAUUUCAACGUGGUGACACAUGAAAUGGGCUCUCCUGAGCCCAAGUUGGUGGUUGAACGUCAUGUGGCCCCCGUUUGUAAGUUAAGCAAUCCACAUGUUGUAGGUGGUCGAACUGGAAUGUCAUAUUAUCACAUACUGGAUUGAUCUGCU